UUGUUAUUGUUAGUUUAUUUGUAUUUGUAAAUGUAAAUAAAUACGGGAGGUUGUUUAUCUUAAAAGUCCUGAUUCAUGAUGAACGAAUAAUAGUAAUCUGGAAUACUUAGAAUAACCGAUAUAAUUACUUCUUUUAUAAUUGUUCACCUUCUGUGAACUUUCAGUGACAUUUAUGCUAAGGGAACAACUACACGAUUGUUUAUAGGUUAUAUAACCUUACAGACAAACCAGUAUUGUAGUUUUUUAAUUGACAAAAAUAUGUUGUUUCCCAUUAGAGUUGUUCGUUAUGUGUGUCAAUAUCAUAAAAAUGUAAUUCGCAGAUAUUCUAACAGGAAUAUCUUGCGCUUACAUGAGAGAGGAAUGUUUGAAGAUAUGUUCCCUGGUAAUGCAGGUGGAGAGAUUACAGAUUUACUGAAUGCCAAGCCACAGUGUGUCUAUGCAGGGUUUGACCCUACCGCCCGUAGUUUGCACAUUGGAAACUUGCUUGUGUUGGUAAAUCUGCUGCAUUGGCAGCGGGCCGGACACCAAGUCAUAGCUCUGGUCGGGGGUGCUACAGGUCGUAUCGGAGAUCCGAGUGGCCGAAGCAAGGACAGAGAAGAACAGUCCUCUUUAGUUAUCAGGGAGAACCUGGAUGCUAUCAAAAUGAACAUUAAUAGGGUCUUCAAGAACCAUGAGGAUCUCUACUGGAAAAAGAAGGAGCAGGAACCACUGAAACCUAUCAAAAUAGUGAACAAUGAAGCCUGGUACAAGGAGUUAAAUGCUAUAGACCUAGUGUGCCACAUAGGCAGACACUUCCGGAUGGGAACCAUGUUGGGGCGGACGUCUGUAGCAGCUCGUCUUCAUUCUGAGAUUGGUCUCAGUUUCACAGAGUUUACUUAUCAGCUGUUCCAGGCUUAUGAUUGGUGGCAGCUGUUUGACAAGUACGAUUGUCGCUUCCAGGUUGGGGGCAGUGAUCAGAUGGGUAAUAUAGUAUCUGGAUAUGAUUAUAUCAGCAAAUUCACAAAAAAGACCGUUUUUGGGCUUACGUUGCCUUUGGUGACAACUGAGAGUGGAGAGAAAUUUGGAAAGUCAGCAGGCAAUGCGAUCUGGCUUGAUCCUGAACUAACAUCUCCUUUCGAACUCUACCAAUUCUUUAUCCGGACAGCUGAUGCUGAUGUUGAGAAGCUGUUGAAACUGUUCACUUUCCGCAGUGUGGAAAGUAUCAGAGACCUGUGUCACAAACAUAUGACCAGGCCAGAGCUGAGGCAGGCCCAGAAGGUGUUGGCUGAAGAAGUGACACGACUUGUACAUGGAGAGGAGGGCUUGGAGAGGGCAAGGAUAACAACAGCAGCAAUGUACGACUCUAACAUCGAGCAACUCAGCAAACUGACCAGUCAGGAUGUUGUGUCAUUAUUUAAGGGUGCCACUGUGGUGGAUCUGCUAUUACAGCCUGGACUCACAGUACGGGACCUUGCCAUGGCAGCUGGUUGCUUUGGCACAGCAGGAAUAGCUCAGACCACCAUCUCUGCAGGUGGUUUCUACAUUAACCAUAAAAGAGUGACAAACUACGGAGAGAUGCUGACACAAGCAGUACACAUUCUGCCCAACAACAUUUCUCUGCUCAGAGUCGGGAAGAAGAACUAUUUCAUCGUCAGAUGGGCCACAUAAAACAAGAUAGAUAAUUUAGCUUUCCAAACAAUAAAUUUAAACUUGUA